CUAGGUUUACAAGGAUGCAAAGAGAGAAUAACAGCGACAAUAAUAACAAUCGUACGCUGGUUCAUCCGGCAUGCGCAUCGUGCAAGCAUCAACGGAAGAGGUGCACGGAGGAUUGUGCAUUGGCACCGUAUUUUCCAGCAGAGAAAACCCAAGAAUUUCAAGCUGUUCAUAAAGUUUUUGGUGUUAGCAAUGUUGUUAAAUUAGUGAAAGAUGUCAGUGAAGAGAGGCGAAAAGAGACGGCGGAUUCAUUGGUUUGGGAGGCUCUUUGUAGGCAAAAUGAUCCGGUUUCAGGCUGUUAUGGGAAGUUCAAGAGAUUAAAGGAAGAGCUUGACUUGUACAAAACUCAACAUCCGUCGCUAAACCAAAACCAAAAUGGACAGCAGCAGGGGGGCGUAGUGUAUAACAAACAGUCUCCGGUGAUGGUUUACGGGAUAAAUAAUAGGGCGAACGGUAUUGGAGGAGGAGGAUUAGCUAACAAUAACAUGGUAAGUUAUGGCCAUGAUAAUGAGAAUUUGAUUGCUGACUCAAUCCAGCAUAAUUUUCAUUGGGAUUAUGUGCAAAGUCUAGAUAAAUCAAAGCGCGAAAGAGAUGCUAGUUCUCUUCUUCUUCCAUCACCACCGCCGUUGCCACAUCACUAUUCCAUCAAUGGAUUUAAUCAACAACAAUACUAUCUUCCAGGCGAAUUUGGUUCAAUGGAAAGCACACUCUUCAUGGGAGAAGAAGAUGGACACCAUAGUUCCUUGUAGCUAAUUAAUCUUGGACCCAAGGCAUCACAGUUUAGCUCCUUCAUUCUCCAUCGUGACAGAAGGCAGGUUUCCUGAUUGUUCUGAUCAUCUGUAUCUCAAUCUUAUAUUUAUUUUCAUUUGAAGAGAAGAGUGAAUAUACAUGUGUGAAUGUAUAAAUUAGGAUCGAAUUCGGAGCAGUGCUG